AUGACAAAAGCAUUCUCCAUAUUGAAGCGGGUAAUCCUUCCUUUGUUCAUCAAUUGUGGUACUUACGACAAUAACACCAACCAUAAAAGCAGUAGCAGCAAUGGUGGCGGUGGUCAGAGUAGGGGUAUCUAUGGUGGGGGCAGUAACAUCAGCAUCAGCAGCUUAUUUAUUCCUUCACAUUUCUUUCUUUCUUUCGUUCUUUCUUUCGUUCUUUCUUUCUUUCUUUCUUUCUUUCUUUCUUUCUUUCUUUCUUUCUUUCUUUCUUUCUUUCUUUCUUUCUUUCUUGAAAUCUAUAUCUCCUUCUUUCUUUCUUUCUUUCUUUCUUUCUUUCUUUCUUUCUUUCUUUCUUUCUUUCUUUUCUUUGAUUUCUUUUCAACAUUCUUCUUUCUUUCUUUCUUUCUUUCUUUCUUUCUUUCUUUCUUUCUUUCUUUCUUUCUUUCUUUCUUUUCACCCCUCACGGUUAUCUCUCUCAACAUCCAUUUUUUUUUUCCUUUUUUCUUUUACCAACUUCUUUCUUUUUUUCUUACACUACAGUUUCUUUCUUUCUUUCUUUCUUUCUUUCUUUCUUUCUUUCUUUCUGCAACCUAUAUUAUUUUCCAUAUGGUUAACUUUGUCAUUUGUCUUCUUAUAUACCCUCCUAUUUCUUUAUCUUCUUUAUGGCAGCCAUUUUAUUCCCCCACUUUUAUUGUCUUCUCUUCAUGUCAGACUUUUUCCUUCCUUUCUUAUUUCCUUUUUUUUUUAUUUUACUCAAGAUUAUUAUUUUCUUCUUUUACGAUAAUCUGUUUCACAAAAUUAUUUUUUUUAUUGCGGCUCCUUUUCUUUUCCUCUUGUUUUUCUUUCUCUUUAUCCUUUUUUUUUCGCUUUUCCGCCAUCUUUGCUUGCACCUUUUUUUUGUCAUCAUCAUUAACUUUUUUUUCCUUGUCGAUUCUUUCUGGCGUGUCUUUAUCCGAAGAAUUGUCACCCAAAUUCUCCUUCAAUUAUUUAUUGUUUUCAUACAAGGUUCUCUUUUCUUUUUUUGGCAAUUGUUGCCUCGGAUAG